AUCACUUCUACUACUAUAAUUUACUAUCAUGGUUAGAGAGACAAAAUUCUACGACAUUUUGGGUGUUAGUCCCGAUGCUUCUGAUAGUGAACUUAAGAAAAGUUAUAGAAAAUUAGCUUUGAAAUAUCAUCCUGAUAAGAAUCCUGAUGCUGGUGAUAAGUUUAAGGAAAUCUCUCAUGCCUAUGAAAUUCUUUCUGAUCCCGAGAAACGUCAAUUAUAUGAUCAAUAUGGUGAAGAAGGAUUGAAUGGUGGACCUGGUAUGGGUGGUAUGGAUGCUGAAGAUCUCUUCUCUCAACUCUUUGGUGGUGGAUUUGGUGGUGGACGCAGAGGUCCCUCUGGUCCUCGUCGUGGCAAAGAUAUGGUUCAUGCUUUGAAGGUUAGCCUUGAAGAUCUUUAUAACGGCAAAACAAGUAAACUUGCUCUUCAAAAGCAUAUUCUUUGUCCCAAGUGUGAUGGUAAAGGUGGUAAGGAAGGAGCUGUUCGUAAAUGUAGAACUUGUAAUGGUCAAGGUAUCCGUAUUAUCACUCGUCAAAUGGGACCUAUGGUGCAACAAAUGCAACAACCUUGUGGUGAUUGUCAAGCCACUGGUGAAGUGAUUGAUGAAAAAGAUCGUUGUACCAACUGUCGCGGCAAGAAGGUAGUCGGUGAAAAGAAAAUUCUUGAAGUAUUUAUUGAUAAGGGUAUGCGUGAUGGACAAAAGAUUACUUUUGCUGGUGAAGGUGAUCAAGCCCCCAAUAUUAUUCCUGGUGAUAUUAUUAUUGUUAUUGAUGAAAAGCCUCAUUCUCAUUUCAAGCGUCAAGGUGAUGAUUUAAUCUAUGAAGCAAAGAUUGAUCUCUUAACUGCUCUUGCUGGCGGUAAGUUUGCUAUACCCCAUCUUGAUGAUCGUAUUCUUAUGGUUAAUAUCUUACCUGGCGAGGCUAUUAAGCCUGAUCAAAUGAAGGUGAUUCCUAACGAAGGUAUGCCUGCUUACCGUACUCAUACACAUGGUCAUCUCUUUGUUAAAUUCACUAUUGAUUUCCCUAAUCCCAACUGGACUUCUCCCGAAAAUAUUGCUGCUCUCGAAAACAUCUUGCCACCUCGUCCUGCAGUUCCUUCUUUCCCUAAUAAACAUGUUGAAGAUGUUGUUAUGGCUGAUGCAGACGGUUAUCAAUCUAGUUCUAGACAAGGCAGUGGUAUGCAUGAAUAUGACGAUGAUGAGGACCAUCACCAAUCUGGACCCGGAGUUCAAUGUGCUCAACAAUAA